GCUGGCAAUUAUGCAAUGUGUGGUCGUGCUUACAGUCCUGAUUUCAUGUACCUUUGGCCGAAUGCCAGAAUAUCUGUGAUGGGUGGUGCUCAGGCUGCUGGCGUCCUUGCUCAAAUAGAAAGGGGCAACAAGAAAAAGAAAGGAAUUGAGUGGGACAAGGAAGAAGAGGAAAAAUUCAAGGCAAAGGUAGUGGAGGCAUAUGAGAGGGAAGGAAACUCCUAUUACUCCACAGCAAGGCUAUGGGAUGAUGGAAUUAUCGAUCCGGCCGACACAAGAAAAGUCAUAGGCCUCUCCAUCUCUGCUUCUAUGAACCGUGACCCAGAAGAAACCAAGUACGGUGUAUUCAGAAUGUAAUGUUGUAGUAAUACAAUGAAUCUGUGAAAGAAAUAGCAGCCAAAAUGCUUGGUCCUUGUUCAUUCAAAUGUUGUUCUCUUGAAAUGUUCCCCACAAAUUUCUCACUGAAUAAAAAACAUCCAACGACUUUCUUUAGUUGAAA